GUCUCCCUACAACUUUCUACAACUUUCUGCCUGAUAAAUUCACUGCAUUUCUUGUUGCCUCGCGUGCCGACACACAGUCUUUGAAAGUAUGUUUCACAACUCGGCUAGUCUAAUCGUUUCGCUCGGUCUCGCUUCAAUUCUAUCUACAUCAGCGAAAGAAGUUGGAUAUCCUCCCUGCGACGCCCUCAUUGACGCAGGACUGGGGAACCGCCUUCUUCUUGCGACCUCGGCGGCGUACGAAGGUCGAGUCAAGAGUUGGUGGUCGGCUAACGCGCGACUACGGCCAUGGUGCUUUUUCCAACCUCUCAACACGGAAGAGGUCUCUAAGGGUGUCAAAGCAUUGGCCGCAAGUGGCUUUGGGGCUGGCGACUGGCACAUCGCAGUCCGAAGCGGUGGGCACGGUCCCGCAGGCUCAAACAACAUCGCCAAUGGCGUCACCAUUGACCUUGGCAUGAUGAAUAGCUCGUCUUACGAUUCCGAGACGAAGCUAGCCAGCGUCGAGCCCGGAGCCCGCUGGGCAGAUGUCUACAGAAAUCUACUCUACAAGCACAGGAUUACGGUCACAGGAGGCCGCGAUGGCGAUGUCGGCGUUGGAGGAUUCUUGCUUGGAGGCGGGAAUUCGUACUUCACUGGGCGCAAUGGCUUCGGCUGCGACACUGUUGUUAAUUUCGAAGUCGUUCUUGCAGACGGCGAGGUUGUCAACGCCAACUCCAAAGAGAAUUCCGACCUGUGGAAGGCACUCAAAGGCGGGGCGCUUAACUUCGGCAUCGUCACGCGCUUCGAUCUCGAACCAACACCGGUGGUAGAUCUGGCGUUCGGGGAAAGAAUCGUCACCACCGAUCAUACGGAUGAAGUUAUCGAUGCCAUUGUGGAGUUCACAGACGCGUCCGAAACACGGAGGGCAGACUCAAUGUUCGCCGCUAUAGUGCACGAUGCGAGUACGAGCCCCGCUGCGAUAAUACUCAUCAUAAAAGCGAAUAGUGAAGGAAAUCUCAACACUACCAGCUUUGACAAGAUCAACAAUAUCCCAACUGUCUCCCAGGACUGGCGCCAUAAAUCCAUCGCUGAUAUCGGGAACGAAAACCAACUUGAACCAGGGACCAGGAACGUAGGAGUAACUCUUACUUUUCAGAACGACAAGUCCAUUCUGCGCCAGUGUGCUUCCUAUUACGAGCAACUCGUCUCAAUCCUCUCUGACAAAGUUGGAGCGAAUAACUUCACAGCGCAGAUGUUCUUCCAGCCUCUCCCUAAGUUCCUUGGAGAAAUCGGGAAAAGCAAAGGAGGAAAUGUCAUGGGCCUCGAUCGCAUGAUAUCAAACGGCAUUUUGUGGACGGCAGGCGUCAGCAUCAAGAGUGGCGACGACGCUGCACUGGAACUUGCACGCGCAGAACUGACUGCAAUGGCAGCGGAGUUGAAGGCAAUCGCAAAGAAAGACGGGAAGCUACAGGAUUUGGUGUAUCUCAACUACGCGGAAGGGCAACAAGAUCCCCUAGGAAGUUAUGGAAAGGAGAAUGUGGACUUUCUACGGAAAGUUGCCCAAAGGUAUGAUCCUGAUGAAUGGUGGCAACGCAGGGUCCCUGGGGGUUUCAAAUUGUCUCGAGUCGGUGGCAAUCUAUAGAGCUCGGAUUCUGUCAUGAAAGAGCCACUAGGUACAAACUCAUUCGCAAGCUGCUCUAACAAACGGUCAUUCGUUGUACGACUGAAUGUUUUCUACUACGUAGAUCCCAUGGUUUGCUGCCGAAGCUCUCGCCAACACCUGGCUCAUUCUCUGAGAGGGAGGGGCGGGGUGCCUGUCAUCCGUGAACCAGCUGCAGUGAGCAGUGCUUCCUGACUCGCUAGAGAGCUGGUGGAACCUACUAUUGCUACUAUGGUUUGACGCCGCAUACCCUUUUCAAGCCCUAGGUGCUUCCUUCCACGCGGAA